GUAACAUGCGACUUACGUUGUGAGAGGGGUGUCCGCGUGUCUCCGAUGAAACAAGGUUUCGGUGCAGUGUCCAUUGCUAACUCGCCGUGUGCAAAUUACUAACCCUUAAAUCACACGACCCCAAGCGUGGAGUGCUCUCCCUGAGGCAGUUCCUCCUGACCCGCCGGAAGAGACGCUGUCAGUGUUUUGCUCGAACACCGAGAAGCAGUCCAGUUGCCGGGAGACUUUAUAAAAGCGACAACUCCGCACUAAUCACGGUCAUUUGCACCUUCGAAGUUGAUUCGAGAGUGACUUCUGUGUUUUGGCAUCCAGUCUUUGCGGUGUCAGUAAAAAGUUGUGCCUAAGCGGGGUCCCUGGUUCUGUCGAGUGCGGUGUGGUCUAAGUGGUUUCUGUGGAAAUUAAUCGCAUUUGCGACACGUAAGACGCGAGAAAAUCAAUAGCCAGACCGGUCGGUGGCUCCAGUACUUGCUCGGAAUUCAAUUGCGCAUUAAACAACGACGGCGAGUGGCCGGUUCGAUUUCUCAUUUGUGAAGUGGUUUUCGUUAGCAAUCGUUACAUCGCGAGGUAUCAAGCCUACCCUGCAAAAAGUGGUCUUGACCGCGAGUGGAUUCCUGCGAUUUACUGGUGCACAGCUCACAACCUGUGGUUAUUUACUCCUGAAGUGAAGGAGCUUGAAAUCAACAGAUCGACGAAAUAUGGGACUCCUAUCAGAGGGAAGUCCUCUUAGCUGGGAAGAGACGAAAAAGCUAUCACCACACGUUCGUGAACAUGGUAUCGAGCAAUUUAUACAUUUAUAUGCAAGACUUCGAGACCGGCAAGGAGAUGUUCUGAAAUGGGGUGAUGAGGUGGAAUACAUGCUCGUUAAAUUUGAUGAUAAGAAUAAAACGGCAAAAUUAUCUCUUCGGGCGCAAGAAGUUUUGGAUGCACUAAAUGAAAAAGAACGUUUGGAUCCAUAUGGCGUGAAAUCUCUAUGGCGCCCCGAAUACAGUGCAUACAUGGUAGAAGGGACACCAGGGAAACCAUUCGGCGGCCUACUAGCUCACUUCAAUGUAGUCGAAGCCAAUAUGCGAUACCGGCGACAGGAAGUAACAAAUCUUUUACCACCUGGCGAAACUAUCGUGAGCAUUACGGCCUUCCCUCGUCUUGGUUGCCCGAAAUUCUCACAUCCUGAAUAUAAAACUCGCCCUGACGAUCCUGAUUCUGCAGCGCAAUCAAACUACUUUCCUGAUGAAGCCAUUUACGCUGGACAUCCACGAUUCAAGACGUUAACUCGCAACAUACGACAACGAAGAGGAGAGAAAGUAUCAAUCAAGUUAAAAGUUUUCAAGGACGAGAAUACAAAACUCCCAGUAGAGGGCAGUCCACCUGGUGAGCCUGAUGUUGUUCACAUGGAUGCUAUGGGCUUUGGAAUGGGAUGUUGUUGUCUUCAAGUUACUUUCCAGGCCUGUAACAUAAAUGAAGCACGAACACUUUAUGAUCAGUUGGCACCACUUUGUCCGAUUAUGUUAGCAUUGACCGCUGCCUCGCCCGUUCAUCGCGGCUAUUUAACAGAAUCAGAUUGCCGUUGGAAUGUAAUCAGUGCAUCAGUAGAUUGUAGGACACCCGGAGAGAGGGGAGAAGCACCACUUAAACCGGGAGAAAUUCGAAUUCCUAAAUCGCGAUAUGAUUCGAUUGAUUCGUAUCUAUCAGAAGCUGGGAAAGACUACAACGACAUACCCUUGAUAUACGACGAGGCUAUUUACAAUCGACUACUAAAGGGCGGAAUUGACCCUCUGCUUGCUCAACAUGUCGCACAUUUGUUCAUACGUGAUUCAGUUUCGCUGUUUAGUGAAAAAGUGCAUCAAAAUGAUGAAGAGGAUACAGACCAUUUCGAAAAUAUACAAUCAACCAAUUGGCAAACAAUGCGUUUCAAACCACCACCCCCAAAUUCAUCGAUCGGUUGGCGCGUUGAAUUUCGUCCUUGUGAAUUACAAAUUACUGACUUCGAGAAUGCCGCGAUUGUGUGCUUUGUUGUUUUAUUGACCAGAGUAAUUUUAUCAUACCAACUGAACUUUUUAAUACCAAUUAGCAAGGUGGACGAAAAUAUGCAUAAAGCUCAAAAAAGGAAUGCAUGUCAAUCGGAGUUGUUUUGGUUCCGAAAAGACGUGCGAGACAAAGAGGCAUGUGAUUGUGCAAACGGAAAGGAUUCCGACAAGAAACAAAAUGAAUGCAAGAAAAUGGAAUGCGAAUAUGAACUGAUGACUGUCGAUCAAAUUAUUAAUGGAAAAGAAACAUUCCCGGGCCUGGUUCCACUUAUCCACAGCUACCUCGCGUCAAUGGACGUUGAUACAGACACACAUUGCACCAUUCAACAGUACUUACGUUUCAUUCAGAAGCGGGCUUCGGGGGAAAUAUUAACAAUGGCCUCAUGGAUACGUAAGGAGGUUGUGAACCAUCCUGAAUAUAAGAAAGACUCAAUUGUUACGGAACGCAUCAAUUACGAUUUAUUGAAAAAGAUUAAAGACAUCGAAGAGGGUGCGCCGUGCCCAGAACUAUUAGGAAGUGCGAAUAAAACAAAGACACAAGACAACAUUCCAUCGGCAAUUGUUAAACACUUAACUAAUGGAGCGUGCAGUUAGGUUUCUUCAUUAGCUAUUGCAUAUUUUAUUUUCUAUUAUUAGGAAAAAAUUUCAAGGGAGUUGCUAGGCAAUUUACACAUUUUACUGUUAACACAUAUAGAACAAACGGAGAAAGAAAGAAUGCAAAUGCAAGUUAUACUAAAGUGUUUUUAUUGUUUAUAAUAAAACAAGUAUGAGUAUA